AUGGUUAAGCAGACCGUCGCCGCUAUCACUCCGGAGGAGUGCAACGACAUUCUCGCUCAGAUCAGCGCCCUAGUCAAUAGGUUGCAGCUUCGCCACGGCGACAAUGCCGAUGCUAAUGCUGACGACAACGACAACGUGUCCUUUACCUCGGCCAGUCGCCCCCCGACUCCUCCUCCUUCUGACAAUGGCUCCACUUCCCACCGCACUGCUCCUGGCCCCACUACCUUCUCCAUUGUGCACGACAACUCGUCCGGGGGGGCCGCCAUCGACGUGCGGACCUCCGGCCCUACGGUCAUCCCAAUCCUCCCUAACGCGCAGUACCUUAAGGCAUCUGCAUACGACUAUCCCUCGUUUACGGACAGAUAUUCACGUGAAUACUGCGAGCCCUUCCCAGCUGGCCCUGGGCCCGCUGGACCAAGCACUGCUGUCGCCAUCGCCCCGAUCGUGGAUGAUCGUUGGUACGCAGUGGUCCGCGGAAAAUCGGUUGGCGUAUUCAUGGGAUGGGAGACUGUUUCUCCUUUCGUCUUGCACGUCUCAGGCUCUAUCUACCGCCGCCAUGGAUCUCGUCAGAAAGCAGAGCAAGCUUUCGAAGCCGCACUCCGGUCUGGUGAUGUGGCGGUGAUUUACUGA